CUUUUUGAUUUUUUCGCCGUUACCUCUGAAUCUUCGGAAGUUCGCCGGUUUUUCAAUUUCCUCGUCUCUGAUCCCACCGCUCCCGGUCGUUCCUGCCGUCGAUCAAAGUGAUCCGAUUUCCGACGCUCUUCCUUUCUUAAUUUUCGCUGUUAUCUCUAAAAACUCGCCCGAUCCAAACCCUAGCAAGCACCAGAAUUGUUUAAUCAAUCUGAAUCCGCCCAGCCGCUCAUGGUUUUCAGUUUCCUCGUCCCUGAAUCCACAGCUCUUGGUCGAUCUUGCCGCCUUCACUCGAUUGUCUCUCAAAAUUCGUCUGAUCCAAACCCUAGCAAUCACCAGAGUUGUACAAUUUCUCCGACUCCACACGAUCCUCCUGGUUUUCAACCUCCUCGUCCCAAUUCCAGGCUGCCGCUCGGUCUUGCCGCUGAUUAAGGAAGUACGAGCAAAGGUCGAGAUGUAGAAGAUAGUCGGUUGUUGUUGACUAUGGCUAAUUGAGACUUUUUCGGCGUUAAUUGAGAUUAUUGUUGUAUAUUAUUGAAAGACUAAAUGACGAAUGUACUCCCUAUAUUUGACUUGUUCAUUUUGAUAACAUUACUAAUAUUGCAUAUAUUUAAUUAAAGUUCAUAGAUCCU